AUGCGCGUCGGAUACUUUGUCUUUGCGGCGGCCGCUGCUGUCGUCGCCCACCCGGACCACACCAGACACAACUGCUGCGUGCAAUACGACGAGGGCGGACCGUGGUUCUACGACCAAGACCUUACUGGAACCGUCGACAGCGGCACCUGCCUGCAGAAGCCUGGAAUCAGCAUCGACGGAAGCGAGUUCGACUCGUACUGCCAGAUUGAGGCGUAUGACCACAUGGGCUAUAUCGUAGCCUUUUCUUGA